CUGAACCUCUCCAUCUCUCUCUCUCUCAUAUUUUGCUUUCCUUCUUCAUUUCUGUAAAUUACAAUGGAGAUUUGAUGGCGAAUUCUCUCCAUGUCAUCGUUGUCCAAAGCAAACCAAUCUUCUAUUCUGUAUCUACAUUAAUGGCCACUCUGAUUUUAUGUAUCUUUCUGUAGCUGGGCGCUGGCAGAGAGAGAGAGGGAGAGAGAGAGAGAGAGAGAGAGAGAGAGGAAAAAACCCUUCAACCUACGGUGGAACUCUUCGUUGUCCAUAGCUGUCUCUGCUUUAGUAAUCUGGGACACUUUACGAGUCUAAUUCUUCUUGCAUGGACUUGAACCGUUUGAACUAGUUAUUAGGGUUUGAUCAAAUGUCUUUCCAGAAGUAGUAAACAAUUCUGGUUCUAUACGAGUUAAACAAACUACAGGUAAUCUGAGAUAGGUUGCCUACUUAUGCCCAUGGAACAAAUGUCAUCUACUUCCGGUGGAUUGGGUGCCAAAGUAGUAAAUUCUUAUCUGUCCAAGAAUAUCUCGAACCAACAUGUGGUAGCUGAGAGGAAUGAAAACUUGCCUAUCGCACAACCUCUUCCUCACUGGAUUUACCGGCAACAACCAUCUCAUAAUCAGGCUAAUUUUUCCCCUGAAAGUUCAACAGAAUUCUGUGAUAUUCCUGCUAGAGAUGUAGCAGCUGGUGUUCUUUCACCUGUUGGCAGCAUACAAGUUGAUUCUUCCUUUGAUGCUUUGAAAGCCAGACAACUAACGCACAUAGUCAACGGCAAUGAUCCUGAAGCCUCGAGUUCUGCAACAGUUCAACAUGGAAAGAUGGAUGGAGAAAAUUAUAAUGUUCCAAUGGCAGUUCAUUUGAGGCCACUCGGUGAAGGAGAAGUGGAGAACAAAUUAAUGGAUGUAGAAAACCAGAAUCUCUCCCAAAAUCAUGCUUCAAGUAAAAAAGAGUCAAAUGAAGAUACAUGCAAUGUUUUUCAACCAUACCCAGAAGUAACCAUUGCAGUCUCAGGUUCACCUUCCAAAUUGUGUGGCAGUGUAUCCAGAAAGAGGGCCUCUUCUCGUAGUAAUAUAACUGACCGUCUCCGCAGAGCAAGGAUUGGUCAAGGGUUCAAAGCAUUGCGAGAAUUGCUUCCGCAUUUCAAAGAGGGUAAUAAAGCUUCUCUACUGGAUAAUGUUAUUGACUAUGUCAAGUAUUUGCAGUUUCAGAUUAAGGUCUUAAGUCAAAGCAAACUGGGUGGUGAGGCAAUUAAUGCUCCUCUUGUUCAUCUCGAGGGUUACGGCCAUUACCUGCUUAAUCAACAGAUGCUGAAGGAACCCCUUGAAGAGAUAAUGGGACGGUUGAUGGAGGUGGACAUGGGAAAAGCGACCCAGCUGUUGCAAAGCAAAGGCCUGGCUGUGAUUGAAGAUAGUUUGGCAGAAAAGCUCUUCCAAGCUGGGUAAGAAGGGAAGUUGGUAGACCUGUCUCUAUUUUCAGCAUCAUGCUAUUUUAUGUUUCUCUGAGAGAAUAUAUUUCCUUGGUUAUUCCAAAAUUAAAACUUGGCACAUCUGUUUGUUUAAACAAGCCAACUCCAAACCCUAUGAUAAGGAUAAUGGAAACUUGGGCGAUGGGCAGUUGAUGCCAUUUUGGGUUUUAGCCAUUGGAAAGAUGAACAUUUUUGGUCUUAAAAAAAUGUAGGCUUGUUAAUAAAUCAUGUAA